AUGGCUGAUACAUUGGCAGAUCAAUUAAGACCCGAUGAUGCGACUCUACCGACAUCGACGCAAAAUUACGAAAAAAUUGACGUUGAUGAUUCUACUAGAGUGAUAGUAAAGAGCAGCAAAAAACUAGGUCCACUUGCCAAAGGUCUUAUUGGUUUACUCGUGAUUGCGAUCGUGGUGACCGCUGUGACUGUCCCAGCCGUUCUUUUAACGCGACCGUCAAAACAAUCUUCGACUACUUCCGUGCCCACUAAUUCGUCUGGAAUACUAUUAACGACAGGAGUUGCUUCGACAAUCACAACAACAGUGGACAUUGGCUCGACAACUUCAAAAACAACAGCGGAUAUUGCUUCGAUUACCACAAUAACAACAGCAGCGAGCAGCGCUUCUACAGCCACAACAACAGUGGUAAUUCCUUCUGUAGUCACAACAACGACAGCAACAGGCAUCGGUUCUACAGUCACAACAACAACAGCGAACAUCGCUUCUACAACCAUAAUAACAGGCGGCAUCAUUCUGACAUCAGCAACAAUAACCAUAGACACUGCUUCGAUAGACACAACAAAAACAACAGGCAUCGCUUCGACAGCCACAACACCAAUGGAUAUUACUUCUGCAGCCACAGUAUCAACAGCAAGUAUCUCUUCGACAGCCCAAGCAAUAAUAACAAGCGUCGCUUCAGAAGCCACAGAACCAAUAACUGACGUCUCUUCGACAGCCACUUCUAAUAUAACCGAGACUACAGGUGAGAUUUGA